CAGGUUUUCUCGGCAAGAAAAUAAAGCACCUAGUGUGAAUAUGUCUAGCAAAAGGAGGAAGAGGGGAGGAGUGGAUCAAAAUAUUGAUUCAAAGAAGCUGAUGGUAGAAUCCUUAAAACAGCAGUGCUAUGCUGCAGAGCGGAUCUUGGCUAUAAGCACGGGUCAACAAAAAAGACUAGAUGUUGAGAUUGACAACCUUCAGCGGCAAAUCGCGCUUUCUCAACAAGGAAGCGAAGAAAUCGACAAGACUCUCGAUGACGAUGCAGUGCAUAUGACCAAAAUAUACAAGACUAAUGAAGAUCUACUUAAGCAGCGGUAUGAGAAGCUCAUGCAAAAGGCUGAAGACGCGGAAAAUGAAAAUGCUGCCCUCAGAGAGAAGCUAGAGGAAAUCAAGAAACGGAAAGAGGAGGAGCUCCGCCGUCGGGAGGCUGACAUCGAAGAACAACAACAUCUUAUUGAUCAACAGGUUCUCUUGUUUGGUAUGAAACUCAAAGAAGUGCUUGAGCGGAUGCAAUAAAAAUAUUACAUUUGGACGGCAUAAUGCUCAAUGAGAAUCAGAGGAAACAAUAAUAUUGAUCGAAAUCUGUAUAUUACGUCAUGUAAAUAUGCUCACAAUAAAAUUUUCUUGUUUUUCAACCCUAUUGCCUUCCUAA